AUGGAGUUAGCUCACAGUUUACUACUUAAUGAAGAAGUGUAUAACCAGCUUGGUGACUUUCAAAAAGCAGAGUUCAUUUUUGAAUGGUUACAGUUUUUGGAAAAACUUUUACCAGUGACUAGCAGAGCUGAUAUAAGGGAGAAUCAGAAGAAACUGGUUGAACAAUUGACUUCUUUAUUAAACAAUUCACCAGGACCUCCUACCAGACGGCUUAUUGCCAAGAAUUUAGCUGUGCUUUAUAGUACUGGAGAGACUUUUUCUGUUUACCAAACAAUUGACAAAUGCAAUGAACUCAUUCGGAGUAAAGAUGAUUCACCAAGUUAUCUGCCUACAAAACUUGCUGCGGUGGUAUGCUUGGGCUAUUUAUACAAAAAAUUGGGAAGAAUUUUGGGAAACAGUUUUACUGACACCGUUGGGAAUGUGCUUAAAGCAAUGAAGAAUGCAGAGUCUCAAGGUCGUUAUGAAAUCAUGCUUAGUUUGCAAAAUAUAUUAAAUGGUUUAGGAGCUGCUGCUCUCUCCUGUCACAGAGAUAUUUACAAAGCUGCCCGAUCUUGUUUGACAGAUCGAUCCAUGGCGGUCCGUUGUGCUGCUGCAAAGUGUCUUCUUGAACUUCAGAAUGAAGCAGUAUUUAUGUGGACUACAGACCUGGAUAGUGUUGUGACCUUGUGUUUUAAAUCCUUUGAAGGUUCCAAUUAUGAUGUACGAUUAGCAGUUUCAAAACUUUUAGGCACAGUAUUGGCUAGAGCUCUAACAGCUAAACAGACAACAGUGCAAAGGCAUAACUUCCGCAGAAUCUCUUUGGAAGAAGUGAUGGAGCUACUGGGAACUGGGUUUCUGCGUGGAAGUUGUGGAUUUCUACGAGCCAGUGGCGAUAUGUUGAAAGGGACCAGUUCAGUCAGCAGAGAUGUUAGAGUUGGAGUCACUCAGGCAUAUGUGGUAUUUGUCUCUACAUUAGGAGCACAAUGGCUUGAAAGGAACUUCUCUGCCUUCCUUUCCCAUAUCCUAGAUCUAGUGUCUCAGUCUCACCCUAAGGCUAUUCAGAGUCAGAUGGAUGCUAUCGGCUGUCGCCGCUGUGUUUCAUUUAUCCUUCGAGCUACAGUAGGAGGCCUUCUUGGGGAAAAAGCUCAAAUUGCAGCUGCCAAGGAGAUUUGUCAGGCCAUCUGGAAACUGAAGAAAGUUAUGGAUGCUGCAAUGAGUGACAGUAACUUGGAAACAAGAAUUAGUACAUCAGAUGUAACAGCAAGUCAGCAUGUUCUUGUGUGUGCACUUCAGGAACUUGGAAGUCUCAUCCAUGGCUUAGGAACUACAGCAGCACCAUUACUGCAAGACUCCAGUACAGGAGUUCUGGAAGCAGUAAUUUCUGUCAUUCUUCACCCCAGCAUUUCAGUUAGACUAAUAGCAGCUUGGUGUUUGCGCUGCAUUGCAGUAGCAUUGCCCUCGUAUGUGUCCCUCCUGUUGGAUCGUUGCAUUGAACGUCUUAGCGCAUUGAAAUCCUCCCCAGAAGCAGUAACUGGUUACAGUUUUGCUGUUGCUGCAUUGCUGGGUGCAGUGAAACACUGUCCUUUAGGAAUUCCACAUGGAAAAGGGAAGGUGAUCAUGACAGUAGCAGAGGAUUUGUUGUGUUCUGCUUCUCAGAACAGCCGCAUUUCACUGCAGCGAACACAGGCUGGAUGGCUGUUGAUAGCAUCCCUCAUGACAUUAGGUCCUGCAGUUGUCCAGCACCAUCUGCCACGAAUGCUGCUACUGUGGAAGUGCAUCUUUCCGUCAUCUCCUAAAGACCUAGAAACAGAGAAGACACGAGGGGAUUCAUUUACCUGGCAAGUAACACUGGAAGGUCGUGCUGGUGCUCUCUGUGCCAUCAAAAGCUUUGUUUCCCACUGUGCUGGUCUGCUUACCGAUGAAGUUGUUCAGAGACUUCUUCCUCCUCUCCCAAGUGCUGUUGAUUUAUUGACACAGCUUUCUUCAAUAUAUAAAUCAUAUGGAAAUUCUUUAAAAACACCAUCAACGGUUUACAGACAUAAACUUUAUGAAUUACUAGCAGUAUUGCCUCCAAAGACCUAUGAAGGAAGUUUCUGUGCUGUUCUGAAAGAGUUAGUGACUGACUUGACUGUCCCAGAUAGCCAGAUCGAUGCCUCUACAUUCUUGCUUCCACCUCUUUGUCAUGAGAACGAUCUCCUUUUACUUGGCCCCUCACUGCAGGAGACUGACCACCGAUUUAUCGAAGAGCAGCUCCUUUUAGGUAACAGCAUGGCUGUGGGCAGCCUGGAGUAUGACCCUUACUCAAUUUAUGAGAAGGUUUCGAAAGGUGAUUCAGUACCUAAACCACUACCUCCCGUGCUGUCUGUUGUCAGUGCAGCGACUCGGCUUUUUGGAGUUACGUUUUCCCAUGUAGCAGAAUCUCACAGGCUCCAGGUGUUAGAACAGCUGUUGAAUUCCAUAAAGCAAACAAAAGGAUCACGGCAACAAAUAGUACAACUAAAUGUUGUGUCAGCCUUUUCUACUUCCUUAAAG